CUUCUAUCUAUAUAACAUCACUGCAGCAAUUACAUCCUGAACCAGGCAACCUAAGCUUAAGAGGCCAUCAAUUACCUUAUCCCAGCAUGUCUUCCCUAAAGUUUUUUUCCAUAGUUCUGUUCUUGAUCACUCUCAAACCAAUUGCAGCCAUUCACUACAAAGUCAUUGAUCGCGCAGAUAAGAAUCCCAAUAAGAGCAAGUUCAGGAGUCUGAUUGGGUACUCCUAUGCAGUCCAAGGCUUUUCCGAGGCCAACGAGUUUGUCCUUAGGACAUUCAAUCUGAAACCGGAUGAGGUCAAACAGUACGAUGAGGUGAGACUGACUAUCGAGAGCUUCAAAGAGUACGGGCUAGGAAGAUAUCCCCUAUCAGUUGCCAGCACUGUAGGCAACGAGGUCCGCAUAAACACAGAUUACCUGGAAAAUUUCCAAUCAGGCGAUGUGUAUGAUGAGUUCAUGGGGAUCUUGUUUCAUGAGACCACUCAUCUCUGGCAGUGGGAUGGAAAGGGGACGGCCCCAAAAGGGUUGAUCAAUGGAAUAGCCGAUUUCAUGAGGCUGAGCGCCGGGUGGCCCUCUGUGGGCUGGACCCAGCGAAGGGGCUCGGGGUCGAGGUGGGACGAGGGUUAUGCAGUAACUGCUUACUUCCUGGAGUACUGCAGUGACCUUAAGUUUGGGUUCAUAGCCGAGCUCAAUGCUAGGAUGAAACACUACUAUAGUGACAACUUCUUCAGACAACUUCUGGGGAAGAGUGUACAUGAACUGUGGGAAGACUACAAGGCAGAUUAUGCAAAGAAAGAUCAAUUCCUAGCCGGAAUCGUGAAACCAACUUAUAAACAAGCCGAAGAACCUGUGUGGUUAGAAACCAUCCCCAAGGAAUCAGCUUCAUCGGAAGGCUACUUGCAAGUAGACGUUAAGGGAGUUUAUGGAGUGGUGCAGAUUUCACCUGAUCAGUACGAAGCUGAUUUGGACAUCGAGCGUCAGAUGAAUAAAUACCCAACUGAGGAAAAUGUGAAGUUCCCGCAUCAGCCUGAGAAGUCGUCCAAGAGCCUGAAGAGUGUUUCAACUGCAGAAAAUCACGGCACGCAUAGCAUUCCUGUGCAUUUCUCCCAUAUAUGCACUGGGUUCAAGGAUUGCCUUGUCACUGAGCUCAACGACAUGGUGGAGAAGAUCCUUAGCUCCGUCCCAACUUCCUGCAAUGGACCGAGAAAGAUUGGUAUGGGUUGCUGGAAAAACAGGCAGUAGAGCAUGCAACAUCGGAUAACAAUGAACCAUAAUUGAUGCCAGCAAGUAUCUAUGUCGCUUAUAAUAUGAAUAUCAAUGUUUUCUUGGUGUUUCUUAGCAUGGAGUUGUGAAAAGUGCUACAUAACUA